AUGGCUAAUCAAUUCCCAGACUACUGGGGCAUGCACUUCACCAAGACCAUCCACAACAAACCGGAAGGUCCUACAGAUCCAAGUAACAUCAAAUUACAUCCCGACUUUGUGGUUGUAGUGACUGGGGCUGGCAAAGGAUUGGGUUACCACAUCGCAUUGAGUUAUGCCAUCGCUGGAGCUAGAGGCAUUGUAAUCGCAUCCAGGACCAAGUCUGACCUGCACAAGCUUGAAGCCGAAAUCAAGCAGAUCAAUCCAAAUGCAGAAGUGCUCAGCCAGACAUGCGAUACAAUGAAGGAUGCAGACGUCAAAGCAUUGGCUGAAGCUACGAAACAAAGAUAUGGCAGGCUGGAUGUAGUGGAAUAUAUGCCGGUCGGUGUCGUCGAAGAUGAAGACUUCCCGCGCGUGAUCGAGACCAAUCUGAUGGGCUCUUGGAGGGUUGCACAUAAUUUCGUGCCGCAACUUGAAGCCACCAAAGACGGUCCUCAAGCGUUCAUCGUCAUCACCAGCAUCGCAUCGCACAUGAACAAAUCCGAAAUGUGCCCUAUUGCAUACAACCUCAGCAAGAUUUGCAUGAACCGUCUGGCCGAACACAUCCACCAGGACCAUUACGAGACCACGGGUGUACAGGCUUUCGCAGUACAUCCUGGUGCACCCGAAUGCCUCGGGCUAGAACUUGGAGAGACUGACACAUCUAUAGUCCUUACAGACGACGUUGCGCUUUGUGGUGGCUUCCUUACCUGGCUUACUUCUGAAAAGCGACCUUGGCUGAGUGGGAGGUACAUCUCUGUGAAUUGGGAUACACAGGAACUUGAGAGCAUGAAAGAUGAGAUCGUGGAGAAGGAUAAGUUGACGAUGCGAAUGACAGUAUAG